ACUUGUUCUUCGCUGUUAGUAAAAGAGUCUUGAUAUACCCUAGACGCGCUUGUUUGAUUACUCUACUUCGUCUUCUCAUGAGCGUGAAGCAUCAGGUCGUACGAUGUCUGUAAUGAGACGCAGUUAGAUGCCCCCCGACAUAAGUGUUGGCAGAGAUGCCCGUGCAGUUAGGGGGAGAGAAGAACAAGCUGUGAUGCAAAGCUCGUCACAGGGUAUAGUUGAAUGCACUACAGCAAGCAUUUAUUGAACUUAUCGAGUAUUAAUAAUGUCUGUGGACCAUCCGACAUGGACAUGCAGUGAUGCUCAUGGUAGGCAACCGGGUAUAAUGGCAACUUCUAAGCAGCUGAUAGCGCGAUCAAAAUAUAGUUAUAUUUAUGAACACUUAUUCAUUCACACACUUUUUAUUUACGUAAAUGCUUAUCCAAAUUUAUUUCCAAUGGAGGAAAAACGAAACGGUCGGCACCAUUGUGCACAGUUCAGCAUGAAAUGA